GUCGAGAAGACGUUUGCAGCCACAAGAAUUUAAAAAAAGCAUUUUGAAAAAGCAUUUCGACAACCAAAAAUAAGAAUUCUUCUGGGAAGACUUUCUGAUGCUGCAGGCUUUAUUAAGCCACAAAGAUAUCUUGGAUAAGGCCCUGCAUCCAGAGACCAUACCCGAAGGCUAUCACUCAUUCAGAGACGGCACAUGUUACAAAGGCUAUGGAAAGGUUCAAGAUCAGAGUGAUCGUCACAGAUCAAGAUGUCGAAAAAGUUGCCUUAGAUGUGAGACCACAAACUGUAGAGGAGCUUAAAGAAAUUGUUCGAAGACACUGUAAUUUGCAGUACGAAUUCAACAUGAUGUAUGAGGACCCAGAUUUUGGUAAUGCUUUAUGUAACCUGAACAAUAUGGAUGAGGUGCCAGCUGCUGCUACGGUGAAAGUGGUUCCAUUGAUAACAUCAGUGAGUCCUGAGGUAACCAGCAACUCAUCAGAUAUCUCCAUAAGCUCGGCUGACACAGUUAUUUUACCAUCAUCAUCAAGGACACAGGGUUGGCCAGAGGUUUUCAGCAUCCCUAAUUUUUCAGUUGACGUUGAGUUCAGGCUAAGACAGGCAAAUCUGGCCUAUCUGAAAGACAACAAAACAUUCAAGUGUCCUUGGGACAUAAAACGCAACAUUCUACAAGUGUUGUCAGAAGAAAUAUACAAAUUCGACACGUACCCGGAUGAGAACCGGCUUCAUGAAGUUGCACGAGCACUGAUUGGCAAACAUCCCUGCCUGACUGAAGCGGGAUGUACUGAUGGUUGUUCAGGCUGGAAAAACAGUCUUUAUUACAAGAUGGGGAACUUCCGGACAAAAUUGCGCAAAGCGGGAUGUGCAGAGGUAUCUAUAAACAGUAGCAAAAACACCCCUGGGGUGUCAAAAGGCCUCAAAAGGCCCAAAAGAUGUGAGGUCAAUUUCUUGCCUGAACUACCAGAGAGAGAAGAAACCCUUGAGGCAGUGAGAUUUUUGCUUGCUGAAGAAAUGAAGAAAAAGAAUCCAAACGCUACCACAGUUGCAUCAAAAAUGGACCAGACUUUUUCUUUGAGGAGACGAGAGAUAGUGGAUGUUGAAACACCAGUGGAAACAUUGAAGGAACGGUGGCCAGCCCUCUUUACAGAGAGACAGGUGUUCUCAGAGUUCAACAGGAUUGCUGCAACAAACCUGAAUGACUUCUUUGAAGCCCUUGACCGCUACACACCAAAAUUUGUCUCAAUAUUCAAGACCAAAGGAGGAGGUGUUGGGGAGACACUGACUGAAUUUUUGCAACAGAUUGAUUUAAGGAAACAAGAUGUGACGGCUCUACGCACGCUGGUACUCCGCGGCCUCCCAGUUCUUCUGGGUGAUGACCCCAGUGACUUCUACAAAACCUGCUCGGUUACUGAUGAUGAUGGCGUGUGGGCACAAGUCUCCAUCGGGCUGCUAACUGUCGUUGACGAAGACGCACCGGUUGGUCCAAAUGUCAUCCACCUGGAACCUGUGUCUACAGCCAUCAUCAUUGAGGGAAGUGUUAUCAUGGAUGAUCUCAAAAGUUUGCCAGAGGCACUUUGCAUCUUGUUUGGGUUAUCGUAUGCCUUGCAUCUAGAUUAUCCCAAGUCAAUGAAAAACACAUUAAAUUUCAUUCAGAAGGUGAUGCUCGGCUUGGGCCACAACAAACUCCCACCUAAAUUACAAAGUCUUAAAAAUGUUCUUCUAAGUUAA